AAUAGUAGUGGUGUUGUUGGUGUUGUUGGUGGUGGUGCUGCUACUAGUGGUAGUGGUGCUGGUGGUGGUGGUGUCGUCAAGCUUAGCACCACGACGACGAUAACAGUCACCGAGCCGAUGUCAGCGAGUUCGUAUCCUGGAGAUGAGGAGCUGCCGGGAGCGGAAAAUCAUCAGAUAGUGAAACGGCCAAGCUCUGGAGAAAAAGAAGGGAAAGGGGAAGGAGAAGAAGAAGAGGAAGAAGAAGAAGAAGAAGAAGAAGAAGAAAAGGAAGAGGAAGUUGGAGAACUAGGCAAGGACGAGCAGACGUUACGCGAGGAGGUCAAGGUCAUCGACUCCUCGCCGUCGUCGUCCUCCUCCUCCUCAUCCUCAUCCUCGACGAUCACCGGGACGACGACGGUCCUAUCCACCACACAGUUACCACCACCCACUCGGGACAACUCUAUGGAAGCACUGAGUACGAGCAGUUACGUAGUGUCAGCGGUGCUCGUUUUGACAGUUGGUACGAUUUUGGCAAUAUUGGCAACAGUAUCGCAUCAUCUUCAUCAUCGUCGAUUGGAACCAUUAACGGAAUCGAAUUCUUCCUCUAUUUUACAUCACCAUCGACAUCUACAUCAUCAUCAUCAUCAUCAUCAUUAUCAUCAUCAUCAUCAUCAUCACCUUCAUCAUCAUCAACCAUUGCAACCAUUGCAACAUCGCCAGCAUCGUCAAGAAGAUCAAGAAAAUCCUUUGUCGGUGUUGCAUCAGCAACAUUCCUUGCUGCAGGAUCACCAAUUUCAUCCUGGAACGCAUAUGCUAUCGAUGGGUUCGGCAUUGGACGUUCGUAGAGGCGGAAGAGAAGGUGAAGUUGGAGGACGCAGGGGUGGACGCAGAGAUGGUGGAAGUGGCGAGACAACGAACCCAACAACUUUGGCACGUGGUGUUAGAAUAGCAACUGCAUCAGUACGUGGACAUAGUUACGUCCUGCAACAAGAAGCAAUGGUAGCCGCGGCUAGGGACAGGGCUAUUAGGACCGGUAGCGUCAGGCAAGAUCUCGCCCUUAAUUUACCUCCACGAUUGGAACUUCCAGAUGGCGAGGAACGCCCAUACGGUGCCCAAACCAACAUACAUCUUCGUGACCCCUUGCAGGAAAGCGAGAUCUACCAAAAGUGCAUACGGCCACCACCAAACCGGACUAUCUUCGAUAGCGAAAGUCCACCCCCUUAUCGUAGUCAAUCAGGACCAUUGGAGCCACCCGAACAGAGGGUACGCUCUCAUAGCGCGGGUAGCUCAUUGCUGAAAAUGUUUAGAAAGUUUCCAAGUUCUGGUAGUAGUAAUACAACAACAACAACAACAACAUCGUCGUCGUCGUCAUCGUCACCGUCAUCGUCAACGCCAACGCCAUCUUCAACAUCAACGUCAUUGUCAUCAUCAACGUCAACAACGUCAACGUCAACGUCAACGUCAACGUCAACGUCAACAUCAACGUCGUCAUCAUUAACAACCUCUUCUACGUCCACGUCUACGUCUACGUCUACGUCUACAACGGUGUCAUUGUCACAACAAUCUACUCCACAAUCCCCACCGAAAAAGACCACCCUGUCAAGUUAUUCCGAAUCCAGUAGCAACCUCAGUAAUUUGUCCACAUUGACGGUGGUGCCUUGUGAAACGGACGAGAGUCAACAUAGGCAAAAACGCGUUUGAUCCGAGGCCAGUAGUAGUGGCGAUUAUGGUGACAAUGGCAAUGCUAAUGGUGAUUGUGGUGGAUCCUUGUGGCGAAGGAAGAGGCGAGCGUUCCUUUCUUUGAAGAAGAAAAAAAAGAAGAAGAAAAAGGAAAAGACUAAAACGAAAAAGACUCAUCCUCUAUUCCAGUUCCUUCCAGCAACAACGUCAUCGACCAUCAUCGACAACAACACCAACUGCAACUGCAACAACAGCAGUUGCAGUAAACAUAACAACGACGACGAAGAAGAUAAUAACAACGAUGAAACGAUUUUCUAUUACUCUUUCUUCGCGAUACGCCAAUUGAAGACUGAACUACGACCAAUAGCAAAACGGCGACACAUGACUUUUCUCUCCUUUGCUUUUGGUUCGAGGACCAAACGAGAACGGCGCCUAAACAAAUAAUAAAGUUUAAAGGAAAAGAGAAAGAGAGAGAGAGAGAGAGAGAGAGAGAGAGAGAGAGAGAUGGAUGAAAAGAUACCAAAAGGGGAUUAUACUUUUUAUUCCACCUACCCCCAAAACCCCAUAUAUCUUUAUUUCUUUCUCUUUUUUAAACUAUAUUAAUACAAUCCUGUAGAUCUCAGAAUAUUCCAAAGCGUGAUAAAUGAGGAUGAGAUUAGAUCUUGCGAAGAGAGAGACAGAGAGAGAAAGAGUAAGAAAAAGUGAACAAAAAUCGUAUUAGGUGGAAGAUGAUGGGUUUCUCUUUUUUCAUUUCCAAGUAAAAAAUCUCGUUCCAAGAGAGAGAGAGAGAGAAAGGAAGAGAGAGGAUU